AUGGCCAAAGCCUUGCCCUGUCGUGGUCUCAUCAACCUCUCUGAUUUCGAUGCCUUACUCUCCGCAGACGAUUACAUCUCCAUUUGCGGCUAUGGUUCCCUUCUCUCCGAGAGAAGUGCCAGAAGCACUUUCCCCAGCCUCGUUAACUUCCGAAUCGCCCGCAUAACCGGCUUCCGCCGUCUCUUCACCUCCGUCGGAGGCUUCUUCUUCACUCAAGGUGUUGCCAAUAUCAAAACUCAGGAAAUUGCUGCACUUUCUGUUGAACCAUGUGAAGGUGAAAUAAUUAUUGUUGUCGUUUUUGAGAUAAAGAAAACAGAGGUUGUUCCUGAAUCGCUAGAUGGGAAGCCCUUUACAAACCCAGCAGUUCUUUGUGCUUCUAACACUGAUGAGGAAUUCUUUAAAUUUAAAUGCAGUGAGGGCAGGGAAAAAUAUUUUGAACAAUAUGGAGAAUAUAAAAUUCAUAAGAUGUGGCGAGAUGAUGUUUUACCAUGCCGUGUUUAUCUUCGUCACUGUGUCCUGGGUGCGAAAAGCCUUGGUGAGGAAGUGUACAAUAACUUUUUGGAUCAUACCUUCCUGGGUGACCGGGAAACAACCAUACGUCAGUACUUUGAAAGAGUGGGUAUAAAGAUAAUGUACGAGGAGCCACCGGAGUCUUUGAAAAUCCGUUAUGGUGGUUGA